CCCUGCCCGCUCCCCUGCUCGGCCUCCCCCCGCCCGCUCCCCCUGCCAGCGCCGAGCCUCCGUCUUGGGGAGGCCCCGGCAAGCCGGGGUUCGGCUUCAUUGCCGUGCGGCGGUUCCGGUCGUCGUCGUUGUCACCUGCCGCGCGCCCCGCCGGUGCGUUGGCGGGCGUUCCUUGGGCUUUAUUAAAAAAGAACUGGAUACACAUGCCAAAUUUCCUCUGUGGAAGAUGUGGUAAGAUGUGGACUUAACUGAUGUUAUGAUAUGCAAUGCAUCCACGGAUGAGGAAAAAAGCCCUCUUGUGGUAAUGUUAGAGGAAUAGCAAUUGGAGACAACCUGCUGCUCUCUGCUACUCUGGAAGACAAACAUCCGUAUAGCCAAGCAGCAAGAAAAGAAGGGUUUCUUCAUGACAAAAUGACAGCAAGAGAACACAGUCCCCGCCACGGUGCAAAGUCCCGCACCGUGCAACGGGCCUCCACCAUCGAUGUCUCCUCUGACAUGCUGGGCCUUUCUCUGGCAGGAAACAUUCAGGAUCCUGAUGAGCCAAUCUUAGAGUUCAGUUUAGCUUGCAGUGAGCUGCUAACUCCAUCACUAGAUCGAAAACCAAAUAGUUUUGUAGCAGUGAGUGUAACUACACCACCUCAGGCCUUCUGGACGAAGCAUGCACAGACAGAGAUUAUUGAGGGGACAAGUAAUCCUAUCUUUCUGAGCAGCAUUGCCUUUUUCCAAGACUCUCUUAUCAAUCAAAUGACACAAAUCAAACUCUCUGUGUACGACGUCAAAGAUAGAUCUCAGGGAACAAUGUAUUUGUUGGGUUCUGGGAUGUUCACUGUAAAAGAACUUCUGCAGGAGAAGAAUCACAGGUUGCACUUAACACUAAGGUCCACCUCCAAAAAAAUCUCAACGCAGAGUGUUUGUUGCAGGUCGGCUGAAAGUGACCGUGUAGGUAACAUUACAGUUAUUGGAUGGCAAAUGGAGGAAAAAACUGACCAAAGGCCUGCAGUGACAAGGUCACCUGAUACAAUUAAUGGAAGGACCGUGUUGCCAGUUGAUGAAAGUUUAACAGAAUCUUUAGGAAUCAGAUCCAAAUACGCUUCGUUACGGAAAGAUGCACUACUGAAAUCAGUGUUUGGUGGUGCCAUUUGCCGAAUGUAUCGCUUCCCAACUACUGAUGGAAACCACUUGAGAAUCUUGGAACAGAUGGCUGAGAGUGUCCUUUCAUUGCACAUCCCUAGGCAAUUUGUGAAGCUUCUUCUAGAAGAAGAUGCAGCAAGGGUUUGUGAACUAGAAGAACUGGGGGAACUGUCUCCUUGUUGGGAAAGCCUUCGUCGACAAAUAGUUACUCAGUACCAAACAAUUAUUUUAACUUAUCAGGAAAAUCUAACUGAUCUGCAUCAGUAUAAAGGUCCUUCAUUUAAAGCCAGUAGCUUGAAAGCUGAUAAAAAAUUGGAAUUUGUUCCUACGAAUUUACAUAUACAGAGAAUGAGAGUCCAGGAUGAUGGAGGAUCAGAUCAGAACUACGACAUAGUCACCAUUGGAGCACCAGCAGCUCAUUGUCAAGGCUUUAAAUCAGGUGGCUUGCGGAAAAAGCUGCAUAAAUUUGAAGAGGCGAAGAAGCACAGUUAUGAGGAGUGUUGCACCUCACCAAGUUCCCAGUCUAUAAUAUACAUCCCACAGGACAUUGUUAGAGCAAAGGAAAUUAUUGCACAAAUCAACACCCUGAAAACGCAAGUCAGUUACUAUGCAGAAAGGCUCUCAAGAGCUGCCAAGGACAGAUCAGCUAAUGGCCUUGAAAGAACACUUGCCAUCCUAGCAGACAAGACUCGGCAACUUGUCACAGUCUGUGAUUGCAAGCUGUUGGCAAAUUCAAUACAUGGACUGAAUGCUGCAAGGCCAGACUAUAUAGCUUCCAAAGCAUCUCCAACCUCUGGAGAAGGGGAGCAAGUGAUGCUGAGGAAUGAUCAAGAUACACUUGUGGCCAGAUGGACAGGAAGAAAUAGUCGAUCUUCUCUGCAGGUGGAUUGGCACGAAGAGGAAUGGGAGAAAGUUUGGUUGAAUGUUGACAAAAGUCUGGAGUGUAUUAUACAGAGAGUGGACAAACUUCUCCAGAAGGAACGCUUGCAAAGUGACAGCUGUGAAGAUGUUUUCCAGUGUGAUAUCAGCUGUACUAGUAAGAAAGGUAAUCGGGACACUCGUGCCUACUGGAUAAAUCCAGAAGAUUUAAAUGAGACCUCAUCAUCCUCACCACCUUCAUCAUCCUCACCACCACCAUCUUCAUCCACACCAUCCUGUGCAUGUCAUUCUCUCACAAAGACAAAUUGCAGCCCCCCUCCGGAAGAAUCUGGCCCAGGUGAAUGGAGUGAAGCGCUUUAUCCCUUGCUGACAACACUCACAGACUGUGUAGCCAUGAUGAGUGACAAGGCAAAGAAAGCCAUGGUCUUUUUAUUAAUGCAGGACAGUGCCCCCACAAUAGGGCUCUGUCUAAGCCUUCAGUAUCGCAGGGAUGUUGUCUUCUGCCAAACUCUGACAGCUCUCAUUUGUGGUUUCAUUAUCAAGCUGAGGAACUGCCUGCAUGAUGAUGGAUUUCUAAGGCAACUCUACACCAUUGGCUUGCUGGCACAGUUUGAGAGCCUGCUGAGCACUUAUGGUGAGGAGCUGGCAAUGCUGGAGGACAUGAGUUUGGGAAUCAUGGACUUGAGGAACGUAACCUUUAAAGUAACUCAGGCCACAUCAAAUACAUCUACUGACAUGCUGCCAGUCAUCACUGGAAAUCGGGAUGGAUUUAAUGUGAGGAUCCCUCUGCCAAGCGCCUUGUUUGAUUUGUUGCCGCGAGAGAUUCAAAGCGGCAUGUUGCUGAGGGUUCAGCCUGUGCUUUUCAACGUGGGAAUCAAUGAGCAGCAAACUCUAGCAGAGAAGUUUGGAGACACCUCACUGCAAGAAAUAAUUAACAUGGAAAGUUUAGUGCGGUUGAAUUCGUAUUUUGAGCAGUUCAAGGAAGUUUUGCCUGAUGAUUGUCUACCUCGAUCUCGUAGUCAGACGUGCCUGCCUGAACUGUUAAGAUUUCUAGGACAGAAUGUACAUGCAAGGAAAAAUAAGAAUGUUGAUAUCCUUUGGCAAGCUGCUGAGAUAUGCCGCAGACUAAAUGGCGUUCGAUUUACAAGCUGUAAAAGUGCCAAGGAUAGGACUGCCAUGUCAGUCACCUUAGAGCAGUGCUUGAUCCUACAGCAUGAACAUGGGAUGGCUCCACAGGUCUUCACCCAGGCUCUGGAGUGUAUGAGGAGCAUUGGAACACGGGAGGUAGUCACCCAGAAGAACUUGAGUGGCUUGGUGCCCAUCCGAGAUUUCAGACUAGAUCCCAGCCUCCUCUACUCUAUUCCUUUACUAGCUCUCAGCCCCAAUUUACUGAUUGUGUGGCUGUUUCUGAGCAUAGCAUACCUGGUGGCCAGAUUACGUUGCAAGUGAAGAUAAAGUUAAAAAAAAAACCACAAAACAAACAAACAAAAAAGUGCUUGAAUGUGUAUUGCCACUUGGUACCUGCUGGACAAAGGAAUGUGUCAUAGCAUUGUCUGCCAAGAAUUAUUAGUAUGCCUUACAAUUUUAUGUUUCUAUUGUACUAAACUGUAAAUAUACAUCAAAUUAUUUUAUCAAAAAGAAUUGUAUUGAAACUUUAAAUUAUUGUUCUGCUUUCAGUGCUUGUAACAUAGUCUGACAUUGGCCUGUUACCUCGUUACUUUAGCCGGCCUGAAGAUCUCUUACCAAAUAUAGUUUUGUGUUACUUGUUUCAUGUAUUCCAGAGAAAGGAACUAUAUCUGAAAAGAAUUUGUAUCUUUUUGUAUAUUUAAGGUAUAUGCUAAUCUUGCCUUUCAUUUUUACGAGGUAUAAAGAGAAAAAUAAAAACAUGGGUGGGGUUUAUAAGAACAGUAAGAAAUGUAUUUAAAGAAAUAAAUUUCUACCUUCAUUUCAAAGCAUAAUAUCCAAAUUACAUUACUUAACAGUUCGCUGAACCAUAGUCUGGUUCCUUUCUCAUGGUUUAGUAUGUUCUAGUAGACUAGUGUACCCACUCAAAAAACAACUUGCAGUGUGCUGCAUGCAGAAUUCUUUCAUUCUAUUUGUAGAUCUACAUUUUCUAAUGUAUUAAAUACAUAAAGCAAAUGACUGGUGGUUAGGAAGAGGAUGUAAUUGGCAUUAGCCUGCUAAUGAUCCAUUAUCUGUUUCAGGUGCUCUGGUAUAGAACUUAUUCUGAAACAGGGUCAUGAUCAUCCUAGAAAUGAAAGAGACUGGUCUUGAAUAUUUGAGGCAAGAAGAGGGAGGUAUCGGUUAGCUCCUUUAGUAGGUUGCUUUGAGGUUUUCCAUUGGCCUUUGUUUUACUAGCACUAGACUGAAUAUUACUAUUAUUUCUAUUUUUAAGUGUUGGACAGCUUUAAUAAACUAUGAUGUUGAUAGUGGCUUAGAGAUAAGUGACUGGUGGUAAGUUAGCAUUUUAUUUAAGUGGUGAGACCACAGCGGCUUUCCUAGUUUAGUCACACAGAGUAAUCGCAGAUGAAAUUUGAUCAUCCUUUAUAUAUAAAAUCAAACUGGGAGAAGCCUGUUUCAACAGAAAGAUUUUGUUGAUGCAGUGAUCUGGCAGAGCUUGUCCAUAGCAAUAGCUGAUAAAAAAAACAACCAAACCUAACCUCAUUUAAUAUAUUUUACUAAAUUCCUGAAGGGAUUUACUUCGCUUGGUGCCUGAGAUGACAGAAAAUUUGGCUUCUGAGGAGAGCUCUUCUAGUGCUGAUUUCUGUUUUCUCCCAUUAUUAACUUGCUCAAAAACCCAUAGGUAGCUAUAGCUUUUAUUAUCAAUUUUAAUGGAAUUUGAAAGCUUCUGAGAGUGUCAAGCUUAAAAAAGCAAAACAAAAACACAGAACAAAAAUUACAGUAAAAUCCUAAAUUUGGUGAAUAUUCUAACAAAACAAAAAAAAAGCUGUAUUUGUGUCUUCAUUAAAUCAGAAUGUACAGUACACUAUCUCCUGGUAUUUUUUCCUCGCUAUUCUUCCAAUUUUGUUUUUAAAAGAAAAAAACAAAACAGAAUAUAUCUCUCUAUCUCUAUAUAUUUAAGCAUGUAUCCUAUUUAUUUUUUGUUGCAAUUAAUUUAGGUAAAGCCUUACUGCUGAUGAGGUUUAAAAUCAUGCUGCAAUGGUAUUGGACAUAUCCAUGUCCUAAGCUGAGAUCUGGUUCCACGGUGUCUCCAUACAAAUCAUCUCUUUCUGAUUGAUGCUGGUUCAUUUGCUGUGGGUACUAAAAUGUACCUUUUUACAGAGUGAACAAAUGUCAGGUUGGACUGUGGCUUUGUUCUUGCAAUGUGAUGAGUGUUCUGGGUUCAGUCUAAAAAAGAUGUGAAAGCAACUUCAGUAGGUGCAUUUCCACUGAACCCCUUAAGAGUAUUAAUCUGUUUAAAUGAAGUAUGAAGGCUUUGCUCAUAACUCCCAUUAGGGCUGCAGUAAGACCACCCUUAAAUUCAUCAAGACUUGUUGAAAACAAUGUGUAUUUUUCUUUUUUUCUUCUUUGGUGGGGACAAGUUUCCAUCCUUUUUAGCUUGGUGCUUUUGUUCAGGCUUUCAGAUUUAAAAUGCUGUCGUGCACACUGCUUAUGUGCCUCCAGCAGAAGGGACAUGGCACACAAAAUGAUGUGUGAGAUACAUCUGUCUCACCAUUUUUGUGGCCCACCUGUUCCAUAGAGGGACAUCUGAUCUGCAGUAACCAGAUGCAGUGGAAUGAAUUAUGAACAGAAUGAUUCACUUAGGGGUGAAAAUGGUGUGUGGGGGACAUGUUGGUUUCUGUUAAACACAAAGCAAUGACAUAAAAAUAGUUUAAUCACAUACAAACCAUUCUUUAAAGGGCAGUCACAAUGAACACCCCGGAGAGAAAUUUCAGACUCACUUUAACUGUUCCUUAAUGCAAACAUUUACAGUGUUUUAUGAAGUUGAAGUAGGUGGUAGAUACUGAAAGAACACAGUUACAAUCAGUUUAAUUAAUCUGAAUUAGAAGAAUGGUAAGGUCAAUGGUAAGACCUGGUGAUGAUCAUAUAAUGCUAAGAGCAAAGAGCUUUCCAACUGAACCAGAAUCCAGACCCUCCUUUUCAAUCAGAUGACCACAGUUUACCUGGUAGAGGCUGCAGACAUCUCCAAGAAAGGAAUAACAUGAAAUUUCCACCAUAAGAUGGUGUACUGUACACUUUGCCAUGAAGUUCUACUAUUAAAGCAUUUUUUAGGUUUCAUUUCUCUAUCAGGGAAAGACAUUCUCCUGCAAGCUGAAACUGAUUUCUAAUAUAUAAAUCAAAGAUAGUGCUUCCUCUUUGUAUGUCUCCUUUUGGAUAUAUAAUUGAAGGAACUGUGAAGCAAAUUUACAGGUGUAAAGAAGCCUUAUAACUGGAGUAGGUUUUUUUUUACUGUAGCCUGUUUGUAAUGUGGGGCAGUUCCAGCAAAACAUUGGCUAAAACUGAAAUUCUGCCCAGCUUUGUUUCCUUGGGGUGAUGACUGUCAGUGCAGCCAAUCUUCUUUGCACUCACACAAAGCUGCUCUUUUGGUAUUAUUUUUUUAAGACUAUGUUGGCUUUCCAGUCAAUUUAUGCAUGCAGAGGUCACUGGAAAGUCAUUAUUUUUGUAUCAGCUCUAAUCAUUAAGUAAGUACUGAUAAUACUGACAUACAGGGAACAAUGACUUUCAAGCUCUUACUGAGAGAACAGCAGUUUUUCUUUUUCAGCUUAAUACACUAAUAAAUUAGCAGAGCUGCCUGUGAGCAAUCUCUUGGGGAUCCCUGGUGCAAUGAAGCGGCAUGUGAACUCCUCAGCAGUGUACCCUGAAAUACAUGAAACCAUCACGAGAGAACUUUUUCAGUAGAUCCACUGCUGCUUUUUAGAAAUGCAAAACUAGCAAUCAGACAUAGCAUGUGCCCAUUCUGUGUGCUUCUUACUAGCAUUGUACGAUGAACCAUCCGUUUUAAUAUUUGCGGCAGCAAAUGAAUCCAACGCUCAUGAAAUAUAGCCAACUUUUUGUUAAUGCUAUAAAAUAACCAGUUCAUUUCAUCUUAGUUUAAGUCUUUUCUUUUAUUUUUAUUUUUCCUUUUUACUGCUGUCAUUUUUUUGUGCUUGUUUUUUUUCCCCAGUGAGGGUUGUCGGCGAGAAAAUACAAUGAAGAAUGUUGGAUGUCGCAAGUAUGCAUUUAAUUCUCUGCAACUGAAGGCUUUCCCAAAGUAUUAC